UCAACUUGUCUUGUUAGCUUUGCAUUUUUAUAAUUUUUAUUAUUUUUUUAUUUAUAAAUGACUGUAAACUAAUAUGAAUAAUGCACUCUGCAGAUAAAUUAAUUUGAUUAUCAUUUUCGUAAACUAGAAUGUUUUCCUCAAGGGAACUCGAGAUGUAUAUUCAUCAUUGAUUUUCUUGAAUAAAGGACAAGAAAUUAAAGCCUACAUUCUGAACUGAGGUGAAGCAAUUAUUGAACCUAGUAGCAGAGAAAAACUCUGCUAGUAGCUAGUAACAUGUUGGACCUUGACGAAGAAGAAAGAAUCCAAGAAUCAUUGGAUAUCUUGGAUACAGCGAUAACCCAGCAGAAGAGGAUUUUUUUUAAUGACAUGGCCAAUUAUUCUCCAAAAGCAUCAAUACCUAUAAAGGAGAGAAUGAAAAGAUUUCUUUAUAACAAUUUAAACAGCGAUGAUGAAUAUUUAAUGGAAGUAAAGAGGAAAAGUCUGCUCAUGGAAAAACAUUCAAACUAUACUAUAUUAAAUGAUGCGGUUAAAAUGAAUGACUCAAGAUAUGUUGAAGCAUUGAUAAAAUCAGGUGCACCUUUAGAUAAUCCCGAUAGGAAUCAGAUGACUCCUUUGGAAAUUGCAAUAUCAACCAACAACUAUGAAUUAUGUGCUAUGCUAUUGUACUAUGGUUGCAGUAGGUUUCGUUCAAGGUUUUCUUCUCAUCUAAUAUAUGCUAUAUGUACUGGAAGUAAUCCAGAUAUUCAAUUAUUACUUCUUAAAUAUGAGCCAAAUUUAAAUGUUUGUUUUUUAAAAGCAAGCCUUCUGUUUGUUGCAAUAAAACACAGUCACUUUUUAAUUCCUCACCUUUUGAAUUGUGGUGUGCAUGUGGACUUCCAAAAAACUUUUUAUUUCAUAUUGAGGAACCCUGUACCACUUGAUUAUUUUCAACUGUUUUGGAAAAAAUUCGACUAUGAUGAAUGGGAAGAAGACUGUUAUGAAUCUGUUUUACUUGCUGCUUUGAAGUCUAAAAGUCCAUCUAAUAAUUUAUGGCAAGGAUAUCUUCGUAUAAUUAUUGAAGAUCCUAGAAUUGGUUGUAUUUUAGAAAGACACGACACAAUACUCAUUCCCUUUUUAGUUGAUCAGUAUUGUCGUAGAAACAUUCCUGAAUCCAAAUAUUAUGAUUUAAUAUGUAUAUUAUUAAGUCAUGGUUGUAGAAUGAAUUUUGAGGUAAUGGAUAGGGUAUUAUAUUUUUAUCUAGGAUGGGAGUCUCCUACAUAUAAACUAUUAAGGCACAUGGAAAUAAUUGGGUUGGAUAAAAAAUAUUAUUAUAGAUCCUUCGGCCUAAUUCAAUUCUGUUUUCAAAAACCACUGGCAUCUAUUUUGCAUAGUUUUUUUAAUAGCAAGGGAUCAACUACUUCGCCAGAUUUUGAAGAUUUCGAAAAAUUUUUCACAGUUACCGGAGCCUUGAGAAAAUGUCUGGAAAGCGGAAAUCUACCAAGUACUGAUGAAGAUUGUUCUGAAAGAACAGUUCCGCCUCUAUUAGAAUUAGCAAGAAAUCGGUCAAGGGAUUUCAUUUGUAUGAAGUACAAAAUUGUGAAUGCUGGUAAAUAUAUAAGUGUUGUGAAACAUUAUUUGAAUUUACCUGAUAAAUUGAAAACUAUACUUACUUUUGACUGUCCACUUUAUUGAAAAAGACUGACCGAAUUUCAGUUAAAGCUUUUCAAUCGAUUCAGCAGAAAUGGCUGGAGACAUAUUUUUGAUAGCAAAAUGUGAAAAAAAUUAAUACACACAUAAGAUGAAGCUAAGCUCCUUCAGUUCAUUUGGAAUAUUACAAUGUGAUGCUAAGAUUGAAAAACUUAUUCUGUUAUUCUCUAGAAUAAGGUAUAAUUAAAUUGAUGUUCCUUGCAUUUUGUACUUUUAUAAAAAAUAAACGAGUUGAAUAAUCUAA